AUGUCUGGAAGAGGUAAAGGCGGCAAGGGACUCGGAAAAGGAGGCAAGGGACUCGGAAAAGGAGGCGCUAAGCGUCACCGUAAGGUUCUCCGCGAUAACAUCCAGGGAAUCACCAAGCCUGCCAUUCGCCGUCUGGCUCGCCGUGGCGGCGUGAAGCGUAUCUCCGGGCUGAUCUACGAGGAGACCCGCGGUGUCCUGAAGGUGUUCCUUGAGAACGUGAUCCGUGACGCCGUCACCUACACCGAGCACGCCAAGAGGAAGACCGUUACGGCCAUGGACGUGGUCUACGCUCUGAAACGCCAGGACGCACCCUCAGCGAGACAUCAGCAUCAUGCCCGAGCCAGCAAAGUCCGCGCCCAAGAAGGGCUCCAAGAAAGCCGUCACCAAGACCGCAGGAAAGGCGGCAAGAAACGCCGAAAGUCGAGGAAGGAGAGCUACGCCAUUUACGUGUACAAAGUCCUGAAGCAGGUCCACCCCGAUACCGGCAUCUCCUCCAAGGCCAUGGGAAUCAUGAACUCGUUCGUGAACGACAUCUUCGAGCGUAUCGCCGGAGAGUCGUCUCGCCUGGCCCACUACAACAAGCGUUCCACCAUCACCUCCAGGGAGAUCCAGACCGCAGUGCGCCUGCUGCUCCCCGGAGAGCUGGCCAAGCACGCAGUGUCCGAGGGCACCAAGGCCGUGACCAAGUACACCAGCUCCAAGUAAACAGCCCAUUUGGAGUGCUGUAGUAACCCAAAGGCUCUUUUAAGAGCCACCCAA